AUGUCGUCGACAAGGACAUAUCAAUGCCUCUCCUGCAGGCUGAAAUCAGCAGCGACCAACAGCGCCAACAAUGCCCGCCGCGCCUUCCACACAACCCGACCACGGGCCUCCGAACAGCAUCCCAAUGUCAGCGCGAAAGAUAUGGGCCUCACGGAGUCAGAGACAGUCGGUCAAGAAGUGAACUCCAUGGCAGCGAGCCUGCGACCGUACACAGAGCGAGAAUUGCAAUUGCUGCGCUUGAAGUACACCCCUGAGCAGAUGAAGGCUAUCCGGAGCGGAGAGAGCGCGAUCGACCCCGAACAAAUGAUGAAACAAGGACGAUUCCGGACGGAUCCCAUGCGCAUUGAUUACAUUGACGACUUUGCGACUGUUCGGCCACUGGUUGACGUCGCGCCUCCAUCGAUACAACAAGAGCUCGAUGCGAUAGCCCAGUCCCGCGCAGGGCGGAAAUCCAAAGCAUCGUCUACGAAGAAAGACGAAGAGGAGGAUCCACGCAUGCUGAGGUUGAUGCAGCAGACAGGAUUGACCAAAGAGGAGAUUCGUAGACUGCGGGUGAAGAAUCUGGUCACCCAUCGAGUCGUGAAUCAGACAAGAAUGGGCAAGAUUCAGUCGCUGUAUUUCUUGACAAUCGCCGGCAACCAGGACGGAAUGUUGGGGAUUGGAGAGGGCAAGGCGGCGGAAGAUGAGGAUGGAAGACGGCAGGCCAUGAUGAAUGCCAUUCGCAACAUGAAGCCGAUUCCGCGAUACGAGGAGAGGACAAUAUUCGGUGAGGUGGAAGCGAAAGUGGGUGCUGCGGUGGUGAAGCUAAGCUCGAGACCGCCUGGUAGGUUCUCUUCUCUGUUCCUCUUCCAAUACCAUGCUGACAAGCUCUCAGGCUUCGGCAAUCGCUGCCAACAUCUCAUCUUCGAAAUGGCCCGCGCAGCGGGAAUCACAGAUAUCGCCGCUCGUACACCCCGCUCACGUAAUAAGAUGAACGUGGUGAAAGCUGCGUUCGAAGCCUUGAUGAAUCAACGCCUACCCGAAGAUAUCGCACGUGCCCGAGGUCGGAAGAUGGUCGACGUACGUGGCGUGUACUACGGGGGUCUUGUACAUUAG